UUAGACUUCCUGCUUCGGGUGUUUAGGAUGCAUGUCGUUCCUACGUUGUGUUCCUCGAUAACUGUAAUUACGUGUAUUUGCUUGGUUUACGACGAAUGUUGCAAGGCACAUCAACGAUCCAUUGAAACGUAAACGUGUACCGGCACUCAAGGUAAAUUAGUGUGUACGAAGUCACGUGCAGGAUUCUAGAUCACCUUCAAAACUGGGUACAAAAUAAUUUCGAGUAAUGGAUUUGAUUGGAUGACAGUCGAGGAAAAAAGUCGCGGUACCGGAGAUCUCGAAAUUCGAUCGAUAAAGUUCACUCGCUAAUCAUUCUGCGAGUUGGGAAAUAUGUCCGCCAUAUUCCAAUGGCUCGAUCAUGGCUAGGAUGUUUGUUCGGCAUUUUAGUACCAUCGGCGAUCUUUUACUUGUAUUUGUUAUUGAAUGUUCCUUCCGCUAAAAUCGGUUCCUUCAAACUCGAUGGAAAAUCGGACCCGUUGUCCGUGGACCUAGACAAAACGAGUUUUCACGUGGGAGUGCCUAUUCCCGAAAAGCUGCCUUUCGAAACUAAUCGUAUCGAGGUAAAAUGCGAGACUAUACACAUCGCGAUGGUGUGCGCUGGCUACAACUCCACGUUUUCUCUGGUGACAGUAGUAAAAUCCAUUUUAUUCUACCGUACUAAACCUUUGCACUUUCACUUGCUCGUUGACGAAAUCGCUAAAAGAACUCUGGCGACCCUGUUUCGCACAUGGGAUUUACCGCAUGUGACCCUAACGUAUUAUAAGGCUGAACGAUGGGUGCCAAAGGUGUCCUGGAUACCGAACAAGCAUUACUCCGGUAUUUACGGUCUACUGAAAUUAAUUCUGCCUGAUGCUAUGCGAGAGGAUAAGGUGCUUGUAUUCGACACGGACGUAACCGUGCUAAAUGAUGUUAGUUUGCUUUGGCGGACAUUCGAGAAUUUCGCGGACGAUCAAGCUCUGGGACUGACAGAGAAUCAGAGUCACUGGUAUAUAAAGGCACUGUCUUACGGUCAGCGGCCAUGGCCAGCCUUGGGCAGAGGGUUUAACACCGGCGUGAUGCUAAUGCACUUGCAGCAACUCCGUAACAGAAAAUUUACGACCCUCUGGGAAACAGUUACGAAGCGCGUGCUGGCACACAUACCAGAAACUAGUUUAGCUGAUCAGGAUAUUAUAAAUGCUGUUAUCAAAGAGCAUCAUUCUAUCGUGUACAGAAUAGAGUGCACGUGGAAUAUUCAACUAAGCGAUCACACGAUCAGCGAUCUUUGCUAUCGCGAAACUGGUCGGAUAAGCAUCGUCCAUUGGAAUUCCCCUCGAAAGCAGGAUGUAUAUAAUAAGCAUAUCAACGAGUUUCGCAAAUUACAUAAAGUCUUCCUCGAAAUGGAUGGAAAUCUGCUACGCAGACGCUUGUUCGGUUGCGAUAAACACGAAGCCGCGUCCCAAUACAACGAAUCAAGUCCUUGUCGGGAGUUCACGAGAGGUGCGAGCAUGUCGUAUCGCACCCAUCCGUUCCUUCUCGAAUACGAAUAUAACGUGUACGCAUCGGCAGACGUUGCUCUAGUAACUCAGUGUAGCGUGGAAAGAAUACCGUUACUGGAAGACCUAUCGAAACACUGGCCUGGCACCAUAAGCGUUGCAUUAUACCUCACCGACGCCGAAGUGCAAAAUUUUCUUGAAUUCGUUCGUGGCUCCAUCGAGCUCCGAAAAAGGAAGAACAUCGCGUACCACGUCGUGUACAAAGAUGGGGAACUUUAUCCGAUCAAUUAUUUGAGAAAUACUGCGAUGUCUUACGUGUCGACACCGUUCAUUUUUCAAUUGGACGUUGAUUUUCUACCGCAAUACGGUCUGCACGAGAGCCUCAUGAGCUACAUCGUUAAAUUAAACAUCAGCGAGUCGGACAGAGUAGCUCUGAUCGUCCCUGCUUUCGAAACCGAACGUUAUAGGUUCACGUUUCCCGCCGACAAGGACGAGCUGUUAAAGUUCUUGAAGCGCGGCGUUCUGUACACCUUCCGGUACCACGUUUGGACGCAGGGUCACGCAGCAACGAAUUACAGUUAUUGGCGUAACACGAUGGAACCGUACGAAGUAUCCUGGGAACCAGAUUUUGAGCCGUAUAUUGUGGUCACGAGAUUGGCCCCUCGAUACGACACGAGGUUCAUCGGUUUCGGGUGGAACAAAGUUUCCUAUUUGACACACCUGACGGUAUUAGAUUACAAGUACAUUGUCUUACCGGAUACGUUCAUUAUCCAUCGACCUCAUGCCCCUAGUCUCGACAUCGGCAAGUUCAGAACUGAUUCUAUUUAUAGGAGAUGCCUGAAAAAAUUGAAAGACGACUUUGUCGAAGAAUUGGUAUCGAAGUAUGGCGAGAGUGCUUUGUCGAAGUUGAAAAAAGUGACCAAAGAAGAUAAGAUAUUGAAGUCCAUUGGAGCCAAAUAAUCGACUAUAUUUAUAAUACUUUAAGACAUUGUAA